GCGCAGAGCGUUGCGAAGCGUCGGACGAAGUGUGAUGAUUGACAGCUGUCAGCGGCGGGACGCGAGGUUGACGCGGCAGCGGCGGUUGAAGAGAGAAGAGCGCUGAUUUCACGCUUUCGCCGCGCACUAGACGACGCGGCGGAGGGAUCGCGGAAGCGCUCGUGCGGUUUUCCUUUUAGAGAAAGCGCGUUGCUUCGCGGAGCUCCAGGAGGAGGUGAAAGCGGGAGAGAAAGUGGGAGUGAAGCCGGCUGAAGGUGCUCAGGUUCAGCAUCACUUCUCAAAGUUUCACGCAGACUCUGUCCGUGUAUGAGCGCCGCUUCGGAUCUCGCUUUCUCACCGACUGUCCCUCCAGCGCUCCGCUGCCGUCAUACGGAUCGUUCUCCCCGGCUUCUAGGAUGUUAUCCAGCCAGAGCGGAGCGGCUCUGAGUGGAACCGGAUCAGCGGCGGGGAAGAGCGCAGGCCACGGCGCGGUGGUGAUGGGCGCCGGGGUCCGCACGGGGUACGCGCGGGGACUGGGGCCGCUGCAGGCUGGAGCGAUGGGGCUCGGGAUGCCCGGGAGAUUCGAUCCCGAUAAAGAGGGAGCCCCGCACGUGUGCAGCGGCUCUGACGCGGACUCUGACUCCGGCGAUGAGGACGAGCCCAUGGGGUCAGUCGGGGACGGCCGGAGGGGAGGCGGCGUCAAGCGGGAGAGAGCCGAGAUGGAGGCGGCGAUGGUGGGACAGGAGGCCGGCUUGCCCUCCGGGGUGCUCGCGGGUGGAGUGGCCGGAGCGAAACCGGGCAAGAAGACCCGGGGCAGAGUCAAGAUAAAGAUGGAGUUUAUAGACAACAAACUGCGACGGUACACGACCUUCAGCAAGAGGAAGACGGGCAUCAUGAAGAAGGCGUACGAGCUCUCCACGCUCACGGGAACUCAGGUCCUGCUGCUGGUGGCCAGCGAGACGGGUCACGUCUACACGUUCGCCACGCGUAAGCUGCAGCCCAUGAUCACCAGCGAGACGGGCAAAGCUCUGAUCCAAACCUGCCUGAACUCUCCGGACUCUCCGCCGCGCUCCGACCCGUCCACGGACCAGCGCAUGAGCGCCACGGGCUUCGAGGAGACCGACCUCACCUACCAGGUGUCCGAAUCCGAGAGUCUCGGAGAAACCAAGGACGCUCUGAAGCCGGCGUUCACCGUGGCCAGCGUCCCGGGCAGCACCAGCGCUCCGCCCACCGUCCCCAGCACCUCCACCAGCAUGCAGGCCAGCAGCGGCCCGUCCUUCCCCAUCACCAACUACCUGGCGCCCGCCGCCAACGCCAGCGGGAACGGGGCCAACGGCACGGUGCUGAAGAGCGCGGGAGCCGCGGGAGGAGUCAUGCAGCUGCCCGGAGGAUUCACCUUCAUGUCAGGCUCUCCGUUUGCUCCCGGGACUCCUGCGAUUCCUCUCAGUCAGCUGCAGCAGCAUUCGCUGGCUCUCCAGGGCUCAUCCGGUCAGAGCAUCACAGCAUCAUCGUCCGGCGCGUCUCAGUCGUCGCAGGGUCAACAGGCCGUGUUCCGUCUGCCCGCCACCGUCUCGCUCACCGGUGGAGCGAUGCCGCAGCAGCUCCAGACCAUCCAGGUCCAGUCCAGCAGUCAGUCCAGCUCCAUCAGCACCAGCGACAGCAGUCCAGAGAUCUCACAGACCAGCACGGCCUCCACAGCCACAGUCAGUCUCCCGGCAACCAUCGUCACGUCGUCGGUUCCCACCUCCAUGACGGGUCACAUGAUGUAUCCCAGCCCGCACACGGUCAUGUACGCGUCGGCGCCCACGCUAACAGACGGGAGUCUGGCUGUGCUCAACGCCUUCACGCAGGGACCCGCUGCCAUGCAGGUGUCACACACACCGACUCAGGACACGGGUGGCGUUCCUCAGGUGUUCCUCACAGCUCCUCCCGGUACGGUUCAGAUUCCCGUGUCUGCGGUGCAGAUUCAUCCAGUACGGCAAGACCAACACUUCACAAAUGGUGAUUGGUCAACAGUCCAGCGGCAGCAGCAGUAGCCUGACCGAGCUUCAGGUCGUCAAUCUGGACGCCUCACAGAACGCCAAAAACGACUGAUCGCGUCACCUGAGACUGACGCCGCUAUUUAUUAUCACCUUUCUGAGAUUGACCUUUAUACAGUCAUUUAUAUACGUGUGAUUCUACAGUUUCUACUGUAGACAAGACUGUAGAGGACGAUCGGUUCCUCCACAGCGCAAUCAGUGAGAUGAAGCAAGACGUGUGUGUGUGUGUGUGUGUGUGUGUGUGUGUGUGUGUGUGUGUGUGUGUGUGUGUGUGUGUGAGUACAGGUACUGUCUGCAAUCAGCACAGCCCUUCCUAUCUGACAAAUACUUUCAUAUUGAUCUGAAUUGAGCUUCUGUGAGAGUGAGUGGUUUUGUAUGCGAGUCGUGUGUGUGUGUUUGGUUGGAGGGAUGUUGGGUAAAAGUUAUCUAGAUUUGGCCUUUGUGAAAACAAGAUGAGAUAUUUGGAAAUGUACAUAACCUGUUUUUUAAUAUUUGAGAUUUGUUUUGCCUGUUUGUGCGAUGGCAUGUAGUUGUUUUUAUAGAUAUUUUGUAAACAUUGUACCUGUUUUGCUUAUGAAAUCUAAUAUUUGACUCACCAUGUAAAUUAAUGUAAUAUAAACAUAUUAUAUUGAUUUAUACACAGUGUUAAGAUGAGAAAUACAAAGAUUUAAGAUCAAACUCUUUCUCUCCCUUUUGUAACAUGAUUGUGCCAAAUCGCCUCAAAAAUACAAAUUAAAAGAGAGAGAAAGAGAUUUGAAACGCUGUUUAUCCCCGUCCCUGAUUUCUGAAUGCUGUUGAUCAUUCUAACCUUUAAACUCAUCCAUGACACCCUGAUGCCUGUGGACGCUGAGAAACGCCUCAAACUGAGACAGAUUUAAAGGAGUAGUUCGGUCAAAAUGAAAACGUGCUGGAAAUCUGCUCAUCCUCAGGCCGUCCCAGAUGUAGAUGAGUUUGUUUGUUCAUCAGAUUUGUAGAAAUGUCAUUCCAUCACUGUCUCACCAAUGGAUGUGAAUGGGUGCCGUCAGAAUGAGAGGGUCCAAACAGCUGAUAAAAACAUCACAAUAAUCCACACCACACCACUCCAGUCCAUCAGUUCACAUCUUGAGAAGACGAAUGAUUUAAAGCUGUUUUGGUUUGUAAACAGCGCUCGAUCUGUGCAGAUUUCUCUCCUGAUUCAGACCAGACCACUUUUUCACUGGAGGUGAAAAACUCUUAUGGCCCGACGGUGAGCACAUUGUCAGCACAUAUUCAUUUUUGGCUGUGUUGAGUGGCAUAAGUGCCCUGUCAAAGAAACUGUAAGUAGAGAACGUCAUAUUGAUGUUAUAUAGAGUAUAUUGUGAAUCAACACUACAGUCUGAAUAUCAAACUAAGGUUUGUGAGCGUCGGCAGUCUUUCUUCUGUCUGCUGUCGUGUUGUAAAGGGCUUCAUUCGAUGGCUCUUCUAAAGUUGAUUAGUUAUGAUUCUUCAUAACUAAUAUCUGUCCAGUCGUGUCAGGAUCUCUUGAAAUCGUCCUGCUGUAGGAGGUUUGCUGGCCUUAAUAUGUUGCAUGUAAAUGCAACGCUGUGUUUUGAAUCAUCUCGUACAUUGUGUUUCAGACCAGUUUCUGAAGCCUCACGCCUUCACAUCUUCGUUUCAGGACAGUGAAUGAUGUGUUUUAUUGUUCUUUUUCCAUCUUUUUCUCUCAUUUUAAACUUGACACUUGGCCACAUUUUGUAUGCGUAAUGCUGAAUAUUUAGAGUUGAUCCUCACUGUAUGUGCUCAGAAAUACUGAGCUGGUUUGUUUGAUAUAUUUUGAGUUAGUUUUAGAGCGUUUGAGCGAUUGUAUGAGAGUAACACUGGUUCUUCUGUUGGAUUAUUGUGUGAUUUCUGUUUUCCGACACAGCAAAUGUACAGACCUUUUUGUAAUAAAAAAAAUGGAUCUUGUCA